AUGACUCUAUCACAAAUCCACUCAUUAACUCAUGAAAAUGACAUUCACUCCCUUCAAGAAAUAGUGCAUGGCAUUGAUCCUAAUUCAAUUUCUCCAUCUUCUUAUAUCAAUAGUUGGGACUUCACAGUUGAUCCAUGUCAUAGCACUGGCUCACAAUUUCUUGGAAUAUUAUGUGAUUUACCAUUGGACAACUCUUCUAGUAGAGUAACAGCAAUUGAUCUUGAUGGCAUUGGUUAUGAAGGAUUCUUAACACCAGUUAUAGGGAACCUAACAGAGCUAACAAUACUCAAUCUCAACAAUAACAAGUUUAGAGGACCAAUACCAGAAACCAUUGGCAAUUUGAGAAAACUCACUAGACUCACCUUCUCAGAUAACUUUUUCACUGGUGGUAUUCCUCAAGAAAUCAUUGAACUUAAGAGACUUGAAUAUCUUGAUCUUUCCGCGAACAGGCUUUCCGGCACAAUCCCUUCUAAUAUGACAGGUUUGAGAAGCUUAACUUACUUGAGCUUAUCAAACAAUAACUUUUCAGGUAGAGUCCAAAAUCUCACUGGACUAUGGAAUUUGAACACACUAGACAUUAGUUACAACCAGUUUUUCGGCAAUCUACCAAAUCUUCCAGUGAGUUUAAGAAACAUAUAUCUCAGCCAUAAUAUUUUUUCAGGAGACAUAACACCUCUUAAGGAUCUUAUACAUGUAAGAUGGUUAGAUAUAAGUGACAAUAGACUUUCAGGUGUUAUAAGAAGGGACAUUCUCUCCUUAAGAUUUGUUAGUCAUUUAAAUGUUUCUUAUAACAGAUUUACAUCGAUCAAUGUUGUUAACGGACAAGGACAAGGACAACGACUUCGUUUGCUUGAGGCUCAAGCUAACAAUUUGAAGGGUCAUUUGCCAGUGAAUUUGGUGACUUUCACAAACUUGACUAUAAUAAAUUUAUCAAACAAUCAAUUACAUGGUCCUAUUCCAAAAGAGUAUGGAUUAAAACUAAGAACAACAUGGAGAAGAUUGUAUUUGGAUCACAACUUUCUUACAGGAAAUCUUCCAUUGGAGUUAACUCACAAAUCCACAAAUUUCAAAGGAAGCUUUGCAAACAACUGUCUCAAUUGCCCAACAAAUGUUGGUGUUUGCCGUGGAGGGCAAAGACCAGCAACAGAAUGUACUGGGCAACACAACCUAUGA